UUUUUGUGCAUCUCUCAAUCGCUCUUCUUAUAACUUUGGUUUCGUCCCACUUGUUCGAUCUCUCUCUCUCUCUCUAGGGUUCGUGUGAUCUUCUUCUUCUCCGCGACGACUUUAAUAAGCACUUGAGAAAGAGAAAGAGGAGAUCAAGAACAAUGAGCCAAUACAAUCAACAUCCCGUCGGCGUUCCUCCUCCCCAAGGUUAUCCACCGGAGGGAUAUCCAGCACCGAAAGAUGCGUAUCCACCACAGGGUUAUCCUCCUCAAGGAUAUCCUCCACAGCAGGGCUAUCCACCUCAGGGAUAUCCUCAGCAAGGCUAUCCUCCACCGUACGCUCCCCAGUAUCCUCCGCCCCCGCAGCAUCACCAACAACAGAACAACAGUCCUGGCUUUCUAGAAGGAUGUCUUGCUGCUCUGUGCUGUUGCUGUCUUUUGGAUGCUUGCUUCUGAUUGUGGAGUCUCUCUGCGUUAUAAGCUUCGGGAUUUGAUUGUAAAGAGGGUUUUGCUUAAACAAAAACCUUUAUUUAUUUGUGGAAAAGCUGAUCUCUCGAUCCUUCUCUUUCGUUUUCUGCUUUAUGUUCUUCGGUUCUUCACGUUAUUUGACUAUUUGUCGCUCUGGCUUAGUUUCGUUUUUACUCUUGAAAUGUAAAUUGGUGGGGAGACACUAUUCUAUCUCAUAGUUUAUUGCCUUUUUUUAGUUUUAAAGAAAAAACAAAUCUCUUUGUGUUCAUAAUUCAUAUGAUCAUAUCUCAAUGAUUUUAUGUUCA